AUGUCGGUUAUCCUUGGAGAACACCUGCCUUCGGCCGGAGAAAACACAUUGCCAGCAUCAAUUACACACGACCUUAAAGCGGCACAAUAUUUGGAAACGCUCAGCACAGCAACAGCUCUUGGAACCUCCAUAUCGUCCAUGAGGCGACUAGCGCACUUCGAGACAACAAAGCGGGUGCUUGCCGCUGCAGUAAACGAGCGUCUGGCCAGCGGAACUAUCGAGACAUCUGCAAACCCCACUUUGUUGUUGCGUGCACCUAAUACCCAGGAUGGAAUUUGGAUCAAGUGCGGUAUCCGUGCUGGCGCCUAUAUUGAAAUGGACGGCCUCAGGCCUAUUGGAUUUGUGCGGGCCGAAGACCUGCUCAUCCCCGUGCUAGUCGGGAGCGCAACGGGCGAGGCAACUGAGGAGCUUGACCCGAUACCGCUGUGCCGCAUCAUUUGCAGUUGGCAACCUGAAUCGGCUCAAAAGGGCUAUGGAGACCUGCUGAUAAAAGAACUCCACAAAACAUGCUUUGCUCAAUCCCCAUUGGUUCCCAUCGUGCCUGAUGACAUUCCAGGACUUCUAUCGCCUGAAGUAUCGUUUAUCUCCGUCCCAAGGUCGGAAUUAAGAGUCAAUGGGCCCUUCGAGCAGCUUCUGGAACCGCUUCUGAAAUCACUCGGGGUUCCUACAGAGCUCGAAGAGCCUGAUCAUAUCAUCGUGCCGUGCUUCACUCGCCAGCUGCCAGCUAUCAUGCCCUCAUUCCCUCAAGCGCGUCUUAUCAAAAGUGUCCCAGACUGCUGCCGUGCACAGAUAUCAAUGCGCACUGUAUCAUUCUUGCCUGAAAUUGGCUUUCCGCAUCAUGUCAAGCUGUCACUAAACGUUCAGAUCACCUCUGGUUUGAGGAUUGUUAAGCCCGCGGCUACGGUUCUUGGUCCUCUGUUUGGCAAAAUGCUACCAAACUUGAUUCCACAAGAUCUAUGGAUUUUCGGAGAGCCUGGAUCUGUCACGGGUGCGCAAGAUGAAUUGCUAAAAGCGGCUCAAAUAUCAUGUGUCAUUCGAAAGCUCCCAGAGCAGCAGGCCGAAUGCCCCGAUGAGGUACUUAUCCCCGGUGCUGGGCUCAUCCAGAAACCUUUCAAGGAGGAUAAAACAUACAUGGAGAUUUUAUUUGGCCUUGAUGACUUGAAGAAGAAGCACGAUUGGUUUAAAAGGUACACUGCGCUAUUGCUCGCCGCUUUCAUACCUCCCUUAGUUCGAUACGGAAUCGGGUUCGAAAACCACCUUCAAAACGUUGUCGUCCGUGUCAAUAUCACAACAAAAGAGGUUACAGGGUUCGCUGCCCGGGAUUUAGAAGGAACUAGAAUCCAUUACCCUACUUUCGUCCGCUCUGGGUAUGAUCUGAGUGAGCUCCCCAAGAAUUCCAGCAAUGUUUCCGAUGACAUCCGUUCCCCUUGGGAUAAAGUGCAUCAUUCCCUCAUCCAGGAUCAUCUGGGCCCUGUCUUGCACAUGUUGGGUCUGGAAUCACAUGGAGCCUGGUCGAUUGUUCGGGAAGAGCUGGAAAAGGUACUGGAUCCUUCUGGGGACCCCAAUGGAAAAGCCUUGUAUGAGUUUUUUACCGAAAAAACAAUGCCCAUCCCGGGUUUCAUGGGGAUGCGAUUGAUUGGGCGUUAUAUUGAGGUAAGUCUUUGGUGA